AUGCAUCACGAGAUUGUCGCUCUGGAGAAGCAGCACCAGCCCCUCCCCGUCGACGGCUUCGCUUUUGCUCCGGGCACUACCUACAAUCUCACAGCCUACGAAUCAACCUCGUCGCGUGACCAACUUCACGAACGCAUCCGCAAUGCCACCAUUAUUAUUGUGACGACGCUUAGACUGGAUGCCGAAACUUUGCACCCCACCAUUACCCCCAAUCUGCGCUACAUAGCCGUCUCCGCAACAGGCACCGACCCAGUCGACCUCGAUGCCUGUCGGUCACGCAACAUUCGCGUAACAAACUGUCCGGGGGCUAAUCUGGACGCCGUCUCAGAACACGCCAUCAGCCUUUACUUCGCUGCCAGGAGGCGCACCGUAUUGCUCGACCGCAUAACACGAGCACAACCGAGCGAAUGGAAGGACAAGGGUAGUGUCAACCACUACAUGCGCCUUCCGGAUGGCAAGCCGCCCAUUACGUGCAGGGACGAGGUCAUGGGCGUUAUCGGAUACGGUGGUCUGGGUGCUGACAUCCUUCCAGCCCCAGAUACGUCUGAUGGCCGCAUUCCUUUUGACGAUGUCCUCCGCCAGUCUACUGUGCUCGUCUUGUCGCUGCCCCGAACCGCUGAGACACUCAACCUCAUCUCCACACAGGAGCUCGCCAAAAUGCAUCCAUACUCUGUCAUCAUCAACAUAGCGCGGGGUGGCAUCGUGCAUGAGGCAGCUGUCGUCCAGGCUCUUAAGGAGAAGCGCAUCGCUGGCUAUGCCACGGAUGUCUAUCAAGUGGAGCCUGCCGGUGGACCUGAAGAUACACCAUUACUCGAGGAGGAGACAAAGGAUCUGAACAUCACCAUGAGCCCGCACCUAGCGUGGUUCUCGCAAAGGACCAUUAAGAAUCUAGGUGACAUAUUGAAGGAGACGGUAGAGGGGUGGGUAAGUGGCAACGAGAUCAAUGUUGUUGUAUAACAAGCCCAAUACCCAAGGGCGAGGAAUCAUUUCUGGUUUGUCAUCUUUGAAGCCGAUUAGAUUCACAUCUCAGCCCAGCCAGCCUAGAGAUGGCGGGAACAAUAAACUAUGGUACCGAGUGUAUGGGCAUAUGCAAG